AUGCCACAAAACAGCGAAAAGUUCACAAUUUCACAGCAGUUUUCGCCCGAGACAACACAACCACAUGAUUUGCACCUCACACCGAGUCAGACCCGAUCAGCUGUUCAACAACCCAAUGAUGUCGCAGCACACACCCAGGUCGAAAAUGAACCCACUCAGCUGAACGUUUUUUACCAAAAUGUGCGAGGCUUACGAACCAAAAUAGACGACUUCUUCACUGCUCUUCACACCGACUUCCAUGACGUCAUCGUUCUCACGGAGACGUGGCUUAACGAAGAAAUCAACUCACUGCAGCUCUUCGGACAACAUUACUCCGUAUAUCGUAAAGAUAGAGACCCGCUAACGAGUGGUAAAAAAUCUGGCGGUGGUGUGCUUAUAGCCAUUGCCAAUAGAUUAAGCUCGGAAUCUAUUCCUCUGACACAUAAUGAUCUGGAGCAUAUUUGUGUAAAAAUAGCUUUUUCACAACACUCCCUUUACAUCGGUGCCGUCUAUCUCAGCCCUGAUAUAUCGACUUCCGAAUCUGUUAUUGGCAGAAAUCUAGAUGCUUUCAGUGCUAUAAUUGAACAAAUGCAAUGUCAUGAUGAGCUUAUAAUCUUUGGAGACUAUAACCAACCCCAACUGAAUUGGAAAAGGCAUGACGACGGAUCUUGCUACCCUGACCCGACAACUUCUAAGUUUUCAUCGUCGAGUACUGUUUUGAUUGAUCGAAUGUCCACUCUCAACCUCGUUCAAAUUAACAGCGUUUCAAACGAAAACAAACGCACAUUGGACCUCGUUCUCGUUGAUCGCCACAAAGUCAAAAACUUUAUAACCACAACCGCAGCCGAAGGACUAGUCCCAAUCGACAAACACCACCCACCCUUGGUGACGUCCGUUGAGAUUAGAUGCUUUCAAUCUUUCUGUGAACCGAUAGAAGCACCGUCACUGAAUUUCAGGAAAGCCAACUUCACGUUACUCAACGAGUUACUGCGUUCAGUCGAUUGGUCAGAUCUCGCUGAGGCGGGAUCUAUAGACGAUGCAGUAGCACAUUUUUCGUCCACUGUUAACAGCUUUCUUCAGCAAACCGUACCUCUGAAGAGUCCUGUGCCAAAACCGCCAUGGUCAAAUCCUCAGUUACGACGCCUUAAACGUAUGAGAGCAUCUGCCUUGAAAUCCUGGAGCUAUCACCGGAAUCCAACACUUAAGUCAGCUUUCACAUCCGCCAGCAAUGCUUACCGACGUUACAACCGUGCACUAUACACUCGCUACUUAAACCAGACUCAAAUGAAUCUGAAGCAAAAUCCUCGUAGGUUUUGGUCAUUUAUCAACGACAAACGGAAGGAAAAAGGACUCCCCUUGAAAAUGUUUCUCGAGAACGAAGUUUGUGACUCGAUCACAGGACAAUGUGAGUUGUUUGCGAAACACUUUGCAAGUGUUUUCACGACGGAAAAUAUUGAGCCAGCCGAAAUCACCCGAGCCUUAUCGCACGUUGUGGAAGACGCGAUGAAUGUAAAUGUACCAAUCUACCAACAGAAAUCAAACACGCCAUCAAUAAGCUCAAACCAUCAGCUUCACCGGGUCCUGAUGGAAUUGCCCCGAUUGUUUUCGUAA